CUAUACCGAGCCCAUGCAAGUCCCGUGAAAAAUGUAAGAAAGACCGACCCGAGUCGAGUGGUGAACGAAUCUGUUUUCAUAUAUUGAGCCUUGCUAAAUGAUGUCACGAUGUGCUGCCGAGAGAAAAUGAACGAAUCACUCUCUGAGUCAUUUUUAAAGAUUCGGUCAAAAUGAACGAAUCGUUCACUAAGUACAGAUCACAAGUAGACCGGACCGGACCGUGAGUAGACUGUAGACUGCAAAUCCAUAUAACACUACACUCACCGAGAGAGCACGCAUCAUCCUGAAGUUUUCGAAUCUUUGAUUGUGGUCUCUCAUCAUCUGCACUAGGAGAGUGACAGACAGACAUACGCGUGUGUAAGAUGAAGCUGGCCUGAUAAACAACCUGAAGACAGUCUACACCACCGUUCACACUUGUGACCUUUCACCCCAUCCCCACACCUGCCCUCUCUGAUGGAGACGAUGAUGUGUGAGGCCGACUUGAAGAGAUGCCUGCAGCUGUGUAUGUCCUUAUUACUGGUGGCCAGACUGCAGGGUAGGGUGGUAGCUCCACCCCAGUUGGAGGCACCAGUCGAGCAGCCCUUCACCCUGACCUGCAGUGUGUCCGGGGUCCGGGGUGAUGCUGUGAGGCAGGUCCGCUGGCUGGAUGUUAAGAACCAAACACUGCUCUCCCAUCAGCCGGGCCAGGUUGACAGCGUGAGCGGGCAGCAGCACGUGCAGCUGGCCCGCUCCACCAAGGACUCCUCCGCCAUCACCAUCCGCAGGGUGGGCUUCAGGGAUGAGGGCUGCUACACAUGCAUCUUUGACCUGCAUCCAGUCGGAUCCGAGGAGGGACGCACCUGCCUCACCGUCACCUCUCGUCUCACAUCUGAGGGUAACAAGACAGCAGUGAGUGGCAAACAGGCGUCGCUUUCUUGCUCCUAUGGCCUGCCUGAAAAGGUCCAGCAAGUUCUGUGGAAGAGGACAGUCGAGCAAGGGGACUCAGGUGAAAUAGCCUCCUACGCCAAGCGCAGCGACCCAAUGAUCGAGCCCCCCUUCCAGGGCAGGGUCUGGCUCAGCGCCUCCCUGUCCAACAGCCAGCUCACCCUCCAGCCUGUCAGCACCCAGGACGAGGGCUGCUAUACCUGCCAGUACCACACCUACCCUGAGGGUACUAAGACCGCAACUUCCUGCCUCUCUGUCUAUGUGCUGCCCAAGCCCCAUGUGAGCUACAAGACAGUGUCUCCAGGGGUGAUCGAGGCCAACUGCACCUCCCAAUCCCGCCCUCCUGCAGAGAUUGUAUGGAACGUGGAGAGAGACAACCGCACCAUCGGGCCGCCUGUGACCUCCCAACUGGCCCAAGGGGACGGGACAACCCUGGUCAUCAGCACUCUCACCGUCCGAACAGGGCUCCUGAAGGACGUCUCCAUCAAAUGCCUGGUCCAUCAUAAGGGCUUAGAGUCUCCUAUCGCUGUAUCUAUGAAUACCAAGAUUGGGACAGCUCUCACUAUCCUUAUCUCAGUUACAACAGUUGCAGCUCUGCUGGUUAUGAGCCUCUGCUUCUGCCUCUGGAAGUGUUUCCUACGCAAAGAGGAUGGAGAUCCAUCCUAAGGAGGGCCAAGAGAAUAGGAUGCUGCUUCAGCUUGCAUGUGUGUGUCUGCAUGCAUGUGUAGGGGAAGACUGAGUUGUCAUUUGAGACAACGUUUGAAAUAGGUAGAGAGGGGGAUUACACGAACCAAUCAACUUCAGCUUUAUCAACUGUGGGGAAAAAGACAGGAAAGGGAGAGGAUGACAUCACAUCAGAAGACAUAUACAGCACACUACACUACAAUCAAGACCAACAUCACUGGAGCGCUUGACAGACCCAAACAUCAAUGAUACCCUCCGUUUACCUCUACUCCUAAAUGACAGAAUUACUCUCAAUCCCCAGCUAGUCCAUAAUGAUACUUGUAGACUUUAAUAUUUCAAUACACCUUUUAAUUUUUAUACCCUGGUUAGAAUUAUUUUUUAACUGAGGAGUUUUGGGGUUACAGUUUUUGUCCGGUGUAAAUAUCUUGCAAUAUCAUACACUAGAUAUCAUUUGUGUUUCGAGGGGAGCUAAUAACUGAGUGUGUGCAUGAGAAUUUGGUUAGAUUCCAUGGUCAGAUGGUUUGAUCAGAUUCUCUGAAACUGACGCUAUGGUCACGUCCUACAGGCGCCAAGGGUGGAAUGGAUUAUAAAUGUGUCUGGCCAGCUAGUUGCCAAUUGUAAACGCUUAGUUGUGUGUGUCUGCGAGUGUCUAGACAGUUACUAUACAAUUUUAUGUUUUUUAGUAUAUUAUCCAUUCAUUUUUCACGUUUGACUCAUGCUUCAUGUGCAUGGUGUAAUAUCUAUUUGUAGAUGUGUGGUAUACACACACCACAAGCUCAUGUUUAUUAGUAUGAGAAACUGUGUAUUUCCCUGUCAAUGUCAUUUUUGAUGUGUCUAAAGCAUUCAAUAUGUGUGUGGAGGGACCGUGGUUUCCAUGUGUGUCCUGUUUUCCUAAGCGUGCUGACACACUGAAUAGCUCAUUGAUACCCAUGGUUAAAGCCCCCAUAUGAAGAUAAAUGCUGUUGCUUGAUAAAUAUCAAUAAAUGACUGAGAAAGCUUACAAUUCUUUACGAUAUUUAAAAACUAUUCUGCUUGAGACAGAAAAAAACCAUUGACCUCAAAUUGUUUUUGUUUUGAGCGUGUGAUCUUGCUUGAGGACUGCAUCAAGGUUGAUCCGACUGAAUUGGCUGUGUCAAAGUAAAAUUCCUCUCCCAUCAUCUGGCUUUGGUGAAGAAAUAAUGCACAUUUGCACUUUGUUCAAAUGGUGUGUAAUCCUUUGUCGGGGCUAGAGGAAUUGUUUGGGAGAUCAAACACACUCUCCCUUCAAUCUACCUCUAUAUCGCGCUCUCUCAAGGUGUCUCUCACACACAAACACACACACAGUUGCAAAUGUCCCCGUUGAUCUUUGAGUUCAAGUAUAUAAAUGCCCCCUCUCCCCCCCCCCCCUCCGGCACACACACGUACACACACAGCUCUUUGUUUGAUUGUGAGCUGAGCGUGUGUGUGUAGGCUUGACAUGUUGAGUGGAUUAUGGUACCAAAAUAAAGCUAGUAAUGUUUACUUCUGAGCAAAUCAGAUCACUCCAUUGUCCAAACUUCAGCAGUGCACAGUAAAGUGUACUACUGCUUUUUUUCAUCAGGGAUAUCAUAGUGAUGGGGAUGGAAUUCAAGGGGGAUAAGGUCACAUGGUCACUGAGUGACCUCAGUCUGGAAGCAGUCAUGCCUCAUAUACUGCCUCCUCAUCCCAGCUUUCACUCCUGACUCUCUCCUUGUGCAUGUCCUCUGAAGGGCUUUGUCUUCUAAGGACAACACACACAGAUACCAGUGUGCACCGGGUUUCAGAGAUAAUGCAGUGAGGCCAGCUAUGGGUGUAGGCGCUGAGUGUGUGCCCUGUGUGGUAAUUACAGGAAAAGAAAGAGCCAUUUUGAGGGAUUACAUUUACAUCUCUGAAUUCCAAUUAAAUGAAGCUUUUGUUGAAAUAUUGUUACUGUUAUUAUAUAUUAUUCUCUAUAACUACAUAGUAUUUCCUCAAGAAGAAACAUGAAUGUGUGUGUCCUUGUUUUUUUGGUUGGCUUUGUUUUUUUAUGACGGUUUUGCCACUAAUUACAAACACAGUAACUGUGAUUUCCGACAAAGCCAAGAGAAAGCUUCAGCACAUCCACAUAGGUGAACAGACUCCACUUGUUGGAGGCUACAUUUCAAAUCUCCAAUUAAAUAGAGGUCUUCCUUGAAAGAGUUUUGAUAAGAGUUAGCUUAGCACAACGUCCCAGUCUCCAGCACAAACAGGGCCUCUAUGACACCUGCAAGUAGGUUGUAGCAAGUAGGUCUGAGGCUGACCUCCGAGCACUGUCAGUUGGAGAAAAAAACUACAAGAGGGAAUGAACAUUGACAGAAUACUAUUUCUCCACUAGAGGUCAGCAUGUAUCUCUGUUGAGGCCUCCAGGUUGGUUGGUUAAAAGCCAAUUCAGCGACACAACCCUCCCUCAACGAACCAAUCCAGGAUGCAUUGUUCAUCUCCAGCUGAGCUUCAUAAUCUCUCAAAUUGUAUUUCUGUCCUACUAGAUCUGCCCAAGUCAACUGUAAGUGCCAUUGUUAUUAUUUAGAAGCGUCUUGAACCAUAAGAUCGACUGCCCUUUUGCUGGUCUGACGGUUUCCCCACAGCCUCCACGUCACUUACAGUUGGUGGUGGGGCUAAAGCCUACAGACGUGCCAAAGGAAGGUUUUGCCUAUGGCUAAACUUGAGACAUUUUAAUUAUGUUAUGAAUUUGUGUAUUAUGGUGUCUUAUUGUUGUAUUGUAUAGUUCAGUUUUGUAACCAUCUGUACCUGCCCUCUAUUGUCUUAUGUCUAAAUAUCUAUUAAACUGUAAUCAUUAAA